CUUCUCCCUUCAUUUCAGCCUUCAAGCUGCGAGUGGAAGCAGCUCGUCUGAGUGUGUCGACAAAGAAAACACAUCAAACGAAGAUCUAAAUGAACACCUGGAUCUUCGUGGUCCUGCUGGGAUCAGGUCUACAGGGCGCGGCGGCAGUGACUCACUCUCUGAAGUAUUUCUACACUGUGUCCUCUGGAGUCCCAAACUUCCCAGAGUUUGUGUCUGUUGGGUUGGUUGAUGAAGUUGAGAUGGUUCACUAUGAUAGCAACACCAGGAGAGCAGAACCCAAACAGGACUGGAUGAAGAAAGUCACAGCAGGUGAUCCACAGUACUGGGAGACAGAGACUGAGAUCUCUGUUGGUGACCAGCAGACCUUCAAAGCCAACAUUGAAACUUUGAAGCAGCGCUUCAGGCAAACUGGAGGUGUCCACAUUGUCCAGAUGAUGUGCGGCUGUGAGUGGGAUGAGAAGACAGGGAACACCACUGGUUUUUGGCAGUUUGGUUUUGAUGGAGAAGACUUCAUAGCAUUUGACCUGCAGACGCUGACUUGGAUCGCUCCUAAACCACAGGCUGUCAUCACCAAACACAAGUGGGAUAAAGACGAACCUCUGAUAGCAAACUGGAAGCAGUACCUCACCUGGGAGUGUCCUGAGUGGCUGAAGAAGUAUGUGGACUAUGGGAGGAGCUCUCUGCUGAGAACAGAUCUUCCCUCAGUGUCUCUCCUCCAGAAGACUCCCUCCUCUCCAGUCAGCUGCCACGCUACAGGUUUCUACCCUGAAAGAGCCACACUCAGCUGGAGGAAAGAUGGAGAGGAGCUUCAUGAGGACGUGGAGCUCGAAGAGAUCCUCCCCAACCAUGAUGGAACCUUCCAGAUGAGUGCUGAGCUGAAGGUUUCAUCAGUCACACCUGAAGACUGGAGCAGGUACACCUGUGUGUUUCAGCUCUCAGGUGUGAGAGAGGACAUCGUGAUCAAACUGGACAAAGCAGAUAUCAGGACCAAUGGAGAGUCAGAGAGUUCUUCAACUAAUUCUACCGAUAGCGGACCCAGCAUCUCACCACGGAUUGCAGUGACUCACUCUCUGAAGUAUUUCUACACUGCGUCCUCUGGAGUCCCAAACUUCCCGGAGUUUGUGUCUGUUGGGUUGGUUGAUGAAGUUGAGAUGGUUCACUAUGAUAGCAACACCAGGAGAGCAGAACCCAAACAGGACUGGAUGAAGAAAGUCACAGCAGAUGAUCCACAGUACUGGGAGACAGAGACUGAGAAGUUAGUUGGUUCCCAGCAGGCCUUCACAGCCAACAUUGAAAUUGCAAAGCAGCGCUUCAACCAAACUGGAGGUGUCCACAUUGUCCAGUGGAUGUACGGCUGUGAGUGGAAUGAUGAGACCGAUGAGGUUACGGGUUAUAAUCAGUUUGGUUAUGAUGGAGAAGACUUCAUAGCAUUUGACCUGCAGACGCUGACUUGGAUCGCUCCUAAACCACAGGCUAUCAUCACCAAACACAAGUGGGAUAACGACAAAGCUCAGUCAGCGUUGUAUCAUAACUACUUCACCCAGAUUUGUCCUGAGUGGCUGAAGAAGUAUGUGGACUAUGGGAGGAGCUCUCUGCUGAGAACAGAUCUUCCCUCAGUGUCUCUCCUCCAGAAGACUCCCUCCUCUCCAGUCAGCUGCCAUGCUACAGGUUUCUACCCUGAAAGAGCCACACUCAGCUGGAGGAAAGAUGGAGAGGAGCUUCAUGAGGACGUGGAGCUCGGAGAGAUCCUCCCCAACCACGAUGGAACCUUCCAGAUGAGUGCUGACCUGAAGCUUUCAUCAGUCACACCUGAAGACUGGUGCAGGUUCACCUGUGUGUUUCAGCUCUCAGGUGUGAAGGAGGACAUCGUCACCAAACUGGACAAAGCAGACAUCAGGACCAACUGGGGUUUCUGGGGUUUUUUUAGGGAGGAGGCCAGUCGCAUGAGCGUCUUCUUAGCUGCUGUGAUUGUUCUUGCUGCCAUCGCUGUAGCUGGAUUGAUCAUUUACUGGUGGAGGAGAGGAAUAUAAAGAUUUAAGAUUCACUCAUAGCCUCAUAGUCAUGAUAAUAUGAUGGCAAGGUGUUGAAGGUGGUGGAAACAAGAAUUCGGAUACUCCGGUCGGUACAACACUGAAAAUACUCCAAACAAGUAAAAGUUCUGCACACAAAAUCUUAAGAUAUAUAAGCACCACUACUACUACCACCAACGCACUAAAAUGUUCAGUUGUGUUACUGUUGCAUUUACCUCUAUGUCACAUUUUAGUGGUGUGGAUGUUUAAGAUUUGUUUAAGUUUAUUUUUACUACCCGUUGGCUGGUUUAAUCAUCAUGUGUUUGUAGUGUGGCUGGGUGAACUACUUACUGCUCAGAAUGAUUCCCUAAUGAUUGAUGAAAACUUUUGUUAGGGAAAAAGGGAAACAAAUCAUUAAGUUUCUCAAAGCACAGGGUUUGCUGCUGGUGUCCAGCAAACCCUGGUAUGGACAUUGAUGGCAGAGGGAGGCCAUGAAACUGACAUGAAGUCUGCAGGUUGACCCAGUUUCUUCUUCUUGGGUAAAUGAAGGAUUUAAAGAUGUGUUAGGUCAGGCUUAAAGGUGCUUUUCUAAGAUAUGGCCAGUAUUUUGCUUUAAAGCUAAAACUUUAAAAAUGUAAAUAACAUUAUUAACAGAAUGUGAAGAAACUGUGUUGAUAUUAUGUCCACUUUACUGUUCACUGAUCAACGUAAAAAAUCAAAUCUAUUCUUGACUUUUGUGCUGUUUUGCUUUCCAAUAAAGCCCUCAGCUUUCAAGCA